AUUUGUUAAGGUUGCCAAACUCUUCCAAAGAACAGAAAGCCAGAACAGCUUUCUUCUUCUUCUUCUUCUGUCUUCGAAAUAUCUUUCCUUUUCCAUUUAAUUAUUCAUCAAUUAACCUUCUUGUUGUUGAUUUCCUUUCUACUUUUUUGGGUUUUCUUUUUUCCUUUGUUUUGCGGUGUUGCAGAUAAAAGGUAGAGAAAAGGCGAACAAUCAGAGAUGGGAAAAUCAUCUUCUUUAAAGAAGAAACGUUCCAAAAAUUCAUAUAAGUUGCGAACAAGGAAGAGAAAUAAGGUUAAGAGCAGGAGAAGCAAGUCCAAGAAGCUUCGAUGUCGACGUGACGGUUCUGUUUCUUAUUCGGAUGAUAGUGAUUCGAGAAGUUUGGCAUCUGUUUCAUCCUCUAGUUCUGAGGAUGAUUAUAGAAGUCGAAGGUCCCGAUCUCGUAAUAGGAAGGAUGUGAAAGGUGGUAAGAAGAAGGCUAGAAGGCGGUCCUCCAGUAGGGAAAGUAGUGGGGAUUCUCCUCCUGUAAAGAAACAUAAAGGAUCAAGGAGGGGUAAUGAUUAUGCAAAGAAGAAGAGAACAAGUAAGAAGAAGAGGUCUAGGAGAGAUGUGAAUGCAAGUUCUAGGAGUAGUAGGUCAUGGAGUUGCUCAACUUGUCGGAGUGGCAGUAGUAGUGGCAGUGAUGGGAUUGGAUUGAAGAGAAGGGGCAGGUCUGAAAGGAAGGAGAAAGAUGGAAGAAGGUUGGAGAAGGUUAAGAGAGGAAGCAAAAGGAGUAGGGACAGAUCAAGGAGUUGUUCUUCUUUCAGUAGGUAUAAUGAAGGUAGUGAUGAUCCUAUUGAGGAGAGAUUUAUGGAGGAGAGCAAUUCAAGACGGCUGAAAUCAGUUAUUACUGUUGUUAAACAAGAAAAUGAAAGCAGCAGAGAAUUGAAUACUGAUGAGCCUAAAGAAGAAGUUUAUGAUUAUGAUGAUUACCCAUCCUGCAGAAGCAAUGAUAGUAAUGAUGGCUGUAGUUGGAGGGAGUUACCUCAGCGUUCCCAUGUUGUAUCUGAAACAAAAAGGCCUCUAGAUGAUGAGGAAGGAGAAGUUUCUAACAUCAGAACAAGCAGUGUUGAAGAGAGUGGCAAGGAUUGUCAUUCUAGGUAUGAUGGGGUUGGAAAAAAUGAUGACUUGAGGGAAAACAUUAAGGUUUCAAGUGCCACUGGUGGUUUAAAUGGUGAUGAUAUGGAAUCAAUUUUAAGACAACGUGCACUGGAAAACUUAAGAAAGUUUCGUGGAGGGCUCAAGACAAGCAUAAACCCUCCAAUUACUCGGAAUGAUAAGACUGAUGGUGAUGUUAAAACACCAUCCUCUGUGAACACUGACCCAUCUCAAAUCAAAACCCCUAAAGGAGAAGAUGCUGGAGUGGUGAUUGCAAGCCAAGUAAGACAACAGAUUAGACAGCCUCCAGUUAGAAGAGAGUCCACCAUUCUUCCUAAGAAUGAUAGGAAGAUUUCACAUCUGAAUGAUGAUGGCAAAGAUUCUGGGAUUGUGAGGAGCAAUGUUGCUUCUCCACCGGCUCAGGUGGUUCCUGCUGGUGUUCCUAGAGUAGAGGGUAAUACAGCUAUUAAUUCUGUUUCUAAUAAGUCCAAGUUGGUUACCUCACGAAUAGGAUGGGAAGCACCUAAUACUUACACUACCCAAAAACGAGAAGCUGCUGCACAAGAACCUUCUCAAGCCAAGUUGGUUUCCAAGUGUAGUGAGAACGAGGGUGGUUUAGAAACUGCCCAAACUGUGAAACCUCCUGAGAACAGUGCAGCUAUCAAUUCUAUUUCUAAUAGGCCAAAGUCAGUUAAAUUGCGAAUAAGACAGGAAUCACCUAAUACUUAUACCACCCAAAAUCAAGAACCUGCUGCACUAGAAUUUUCUCAAGCUAAGUUGGUUACUGAGAGUAGUGUGAAUGAGGGUGGUUUAGGAACUGCCCAAACUGUGAAACCCCCUGAGUGUGGCAAUGAUGGUGGUAAAGUUAAUAAUACCCAUGAUUCUGCUUGUGAUAAGCCACCCUCUUCUUCUAUACCUACGUCUGGUGAUAUCAGUUCAGAUAAAUUGGAAGAUGAGACCAAGGAUGGUUCACAAUUUCAGCAAAAGACAAUGUCUGUGAUGCGUGGUGGGGAAAUGGUACAGGUGAGCUACCAGGUCUAUAUCCCUAAGAGAGCCCCUGCUUUGGCUAGGAGACAACUCAAGCGCUGACGUUUUAUCUAAUGAUUUGAUUUAAGGGAUGACUUGAGAGCUGCAGCGAACUAAAAUUUUGCCUGCUACAUCAGUAGAAGGAUAUUUCUGCUGUUAAAAGAGUGAACAAUAGUGGACCUUCUGAUUUCUGAUUGACCUGUAGUACAGCAGCUAUAGCUUUUAUAAGUAGGGAAAUUGACUGUGCAGUAUAUUUUGGUAACAUCGGGCUCUAUAGUCUGUUACAGUGCCAUAAUUAUUCUAAUGUGGUAAAUAAUUAUAUCUUAGCGGACUUGCUUAAAUAUAAGAUGUAUUGACAGCUGCUGCUUCAUGGCUAUUUCAGGGAUAGAUUUUUUUCUCCC